UUGGUCCUGGUCAUUUUAUUGUAUUCCUACUUCACUUAUACUGUAUCCUCUUCUCUGUUUCCCUCCUCGUGUCAGCUGCAGGGACAAUUUCAUCUAAAUGGAAUGAACAAGGUUGGAGAUAUCAUUCUGGGUGGACUGUUUCCAGUCCACUUUUUCUCAAGUGUUCCUUAUCCAUCUUUUACCUCAGAGCCACAACAACCUACUUGCCAUGGUUUCUAUGUACAAGGAUUUAGGCAGGCACAAACCAUGGCAUUUGCUAUUGAUGAAAUCAACAGAAAUGCCAACCUGUUACCUAAUGUGACUCUGGGAUACACUCUUUAUGACAACUGUGUUGAACUUGGAAUUGGAUUCCGUGGAGCAUUAUCAUUAGUCGGUGGUCAAGAGGAGCAGAUUAUAUCAAAUGAUACAUGUACUGGAAAUCCUCCUGUUCUAGGGAUUGUGGGUGAUUCUUCCUCUACACCUUCUAUUGCCAUCUCCAGUGUCUUAGGUUUAUACAGAGUACCGAUAGUGAGUUAUUUUGCCACAUGUUCUUGUUUGAGUGACCAUCGAAAAUAUCCAUCCUUCUUUAGGACAAUCCCAAGUGAUGCUUUCCAGGUACGUGCUAUAAUUAAAAUUCUAAAACAUUUCGACUGGACUUGGGCAGGUCUGCUUAUCAGUGAUGAUGAUUAUGGACGCCACGCUGCCAGAUCCUUACAAUUCGAGCUAAGUUUGUCUGGUGAAGGGUGCCUAGACUACAUUGAAGUUUUACCCUGGGACAAAGACACGGAUGAACUCAGGAGGAUUGUGAAUGUGAUGAAAAAAUCAACAGCUCGUGUGGUCAUUGCCUUUGUACAUGAGAGUCACAUGAUAAACCUUAUGGAAGAGGUAGUGAAGGAGAAUGUAACAAGUCUACAGUGGAUGGCCAGUGAAGGCUGGACAGCAACAGCUGGUGUGCUCCAAACACCUCAGUUCAUGCCAUACCUGGGUGGUACACUGGGCAUUGCUAUUCGUCGAGGAGAAAUACCAGGGCUCAGAGAAUUCCUAUUACAAAUACGUCCUGACCUACAUCACAACAAUAACAAUGGAAAUAGCAUGGUGAAUCAGUUUUGGGAAUUUACAUUUCAGUGCAGAUUUGCACCAGCUCCAGCAGGCUGGGUGGAAGGUGGAGGUGCAUUAUGCACUGGACAGGAAGAUCUAGAAAAUGUUAACACUGAGAUCUUGGACAUUUCCAACCUCCGGCCUGAGUACAAUGUGUAUAAAGCUGUUUAUGCACUGGCAUAUUCCCUUGAUGACAUGCUGCAGUGCAACCCAGGAAGAGGGCCUUUCAGUGGGCAAAGCUGUGCCACUUUGCAAUCACUGCAGCCAUGGCAGCUUCUUUAUUACUUGGAAAGGGUAAAUUUCACCACUCCAUUUGGGGAUCAAGUGUCAUUUGAUGAAAAUGGUGAUGUGGUGCCAAUUUAUGAUGUGAUGAACUGGUUGUGGCUCCCUGAUGGAAGCACGAAAGUUCAGAAUGUGGGUGAGGUUAAGAGUUCAGCUUUAAACGGUGAAGAACUCAUACUUGAUGAAGACAAGAUUUUCUGGAACUUUAUUACAAAAAAGCCACCUCGAUCAGUAUGCAGUGAGAGCUGUCUUUCUGGUACCCACAUGGUGAGAAAGAAGGGGGAACCCAAAUGCUGUUUUGACUGCAUCCCUUGUUCUGAGGGAAAAGUCACUAAUGAGACCAACUCCUUGGAGUGCAUCAGUUGUCCAGAGGAUUUUUGGUCAAACCCCCAGCAUGACCACUGUAUUCGUAAGAAGACAGAGUUUCUGUCCUACCAUGAGCCUCUGGGUAUUUGUCUGACAGCAACCUCACUGCUGGGCACAUGUAUAUGUGCUGUUGUUCUAGGGAUCUUUAUCUACCAUCACAGAACACCUAUAGUGAGUUAUUUUGCCACAUGUUCCUGUUUGAGUGACCGUCAAAAGUAUCCAUCCUUCUUUAGGACGAUCCCAAGUGAUGAUUUCCAGAUAGAAAGGCAGAAUGUAACAAGCCUACAGUGGUUGGCCAGUGAAGGCUGGACAGCAACAGCUGCUGUGCUUCAAACACCUCAGCUCAUGCCAUACCUGGGUGGUACACUGGGCAUCGCUAUUCGUCGAGGAGAAAUACCAGGGCUCAGGGAAUUCCUAUUACAAAUACGCCCUGAUCUGCUUGACAGUAAUAGCUAUGGAAAGAGCAUGGUGAAUCAGUUUUGGGAAUUCACAUUUCAGUGUAGAUUUGCGCCAGCUCCACCAGGCUGGCUGGAAGGUGGAGGAGCAUUAUGCACUGGACAGGAAGAUCUAGAAAAUGUGAAUACUGAGUUCUUGGACAUUUCCAACCUCCGGCCUGAGUACAAUGUGUACAAAGCUGUUUAUGCUCUGGCAUAUUCCCUUGAUGACAUUCUGCAAUGCAAGCCAGGAAGGGGGCCUUUCAGUGGGCACCGCUGUGGCACUUUGCAAUCACUGGAGCCAUGGCAGCUUGUUUAUUACUUGGAAAGGGUAAACUUCUCCACUCCAUUUGGUGAUCAAGUGUCAUUUGAUGAAAAUGGUGAUGUUGUGCCAAUUUAUGAUGUGAUGAACUGGUUGUUGCUCCCUGAUGGAAGCAUUAAAGUUCAGAGUGUGGGUGAGGUUAAGGGGUCAUCUUUAAAAUGUGAAGAACUCAUACUUGAUGAAAACAAAAUCUUCUGGAACUCUAUAUCAAACAAGCCAGUUCGAUCAAUAUGUAGUGAGAGCUGUCCACUUGGUACCCACAUGAUAAGAAAGAAGGGGGAACCCAAAUGCUGUUUUGACUGCAUCCCUUGUUCUGACGGAAAAGUCAGUAAUAUGAGCAACUCCUUGGAGUGCACCAGUUGUCCAGAGGAUUUUUGGUCAAACCCCCAACGUGACCACUGUAUUCGUAAGAAGACAGAGUUCCUCUCUUACCAUGAGCCUCUGGGUAUUUGUUUGACAGCAACUUCACUGCUCGGCACAUUUAUAUGUGCUGUUGUUCUAGGGAUUUUUAUCUACCAUCACAGAACACCUAUAGUACGUGCCAACAAUUCAGAACUUAGUUUCCAGGUAUUGCUGUCACUCAAGUUAUGUUUCCUUUGUUCACUGCUGUUCAUUGGACAACCCAGGCUUUGGACAUGCCAACUCAGACAUGCAGCAUUUGGGAUCAGCUUUGUGCUGUGUGUCUCAUGCAUCCUAGUAAAAACCAUGGUUGUUCUGGCUGUGUUCAAAGCCUCCAAGCCAGGAGGGGGAACCAGUCUGAAGUGGUUUGGUGCUAUGCAGCAGAGAGGAACAGUUCUGUUUCUUACAUCUAUUCAAGCAGUCAUCUGCACUGCUUGGCUUGUUUCUGCUUCCCCAACUCCACAUAAAAACACCCAAUACCAAAAUGAUAAAAUUGUUUAUGAAUGUGUAGUUGGGUCUAGUGUUGGUUUUGCAGUGUUAUUGGGCUAUAUUGGUGUGCUAGCUUUCCUCAGUUUUCUAAUUGCAUUCCUGGUAAGGAAUCUUCCUGACAGUUUUAAUGAGGCCAAGCUCAUCACAUUCAGCAUGCUAAUCUUCUGUGCUGUAUGGGUGGCCUUUGUUCCUGUCUAUAUCAGCUCACCGGGAAAUUAUGCAGAUGCAGUGGAGGUAUUUGCCAUCUUGGCCUCAAGCUUUGGCCUCUUGAUCACAUUGUUUGGACCCAAAUGUUACAUAAUCCUGCUGAAACCAGAAUUGAACACAAAAAAGGUGGUAAUGGGUCGUGGCGCUGAAUUGUAA